AUGUAUUCAGAACGAGUUAGCAAAGCUCAAGUUUUCUUAUUAUUACCUUCUACUCACCAAUCAUUGGGUUUUCGAGUUGAUACUGAUGCUAAAGAUUGUCUACCAUUUCAACAGCUGCUCCUUCUUGAUGAAAUUAUAAGGGUAAGAACCAAUUGAACAUAUUGCGGUCUUCUUAUUCAAACUAUUUACUUAACUAUUUAUGUUAGCAGCUAGCUUAUCUCUUUUAUGAGUACGUUCUUAUACGAUGAUUAUGGACGAAAGUAGAAAGAAGUCCAAAUUUAAGUUACCUGAUAAUCAAAAGUUCAGAAAAUGUGGAGAAAUAACAUACAUGGAUGAAACAUGAAUAAUUAUGGGAAGCAAUUGCUAACUGGCUGCUUGCUAGUGCACCACCCACGAUCCUCGUUAACAUCGAUAUUGUUUUACUUUUUCAUGUUACUCUAUAUUUAGCUCAUGAAAGAAUCUGAAAUGAAAAAAAAAAAGGUGAAUAAAUGGAAGCUAUUUCCUUCUUAUUCAUAUUACU